AUGACGCAUGCUCUUAUUGAACACCAAAUCCGACAGAGUUCCCGUCGAAAGCGCAUCCAGUCCCUCAGUGGGACAGAAAAGGCCGAACAUAUCAGUCACCAGAAUCGCAUCCAGUCCAGCUUCACCUACCACGUGCAUAAUCGUGCCCUCAGCCCGGACGGAGCCGUCGCCAUGGAUGGACCCGAUGCUUGCGCCGUCUGUAAGCCACUCGGCCUGGACCCCCACCGUUGCGUCUGUUCACGUACCCUCCGAAACCAGCCCGCCGAGGUCAUCCUCUUUGUAGGUCACGCGAACGUCUUCAGAUAUUGGCUGUGUCGUGCUCUCCAAGUGCCACCGGAAGCCUGGUUGCGCAUUAGUCUGCCUCACGGCAGUUUAACCGAACUGCUACUUCAACAGGUCGAGGGGACAGGCGAGGUCGAACGCACUGUCACUGCUUUGCGUAUUGGCGACGACGGCCAUCUCCCACCCGAACUGCAAACUCGCUGA